GUGUUGUGGUUGAAGCAGCGUUGUAUGCUUGAACUCUCGCUCCGCAGUACGUUCCCGGUCGAUGCCGUCAUCGCCAUAUCUUCGGUCGGUUCGAUGGAGGACGACAACAACUGUUACGCCGCGCCGCCGAAUGUCCUCUUCACCUACGUGCCAAGGUUCCCAAGCCUGGAGAGCCACUGGCAUUUCGUGCUGGCCAACACUACGUACGCCAACACGAGAAUUUUGGUCGGCCUGUCUCUGGAGAUGGCGACGUUGAUCUACGUGCUGAAGCAGGACGCCCACAACCUGGGAGACAGCCUUUACGCCAGGUGCUCGGGCGUGGCCUUGACGAGCCGCGACGCGAUUUGUGGCCAACGGAGUUCCUUAGACCCGAAAACGCAGUAUAUUGACAAACCGUACAUAAUAUACGGAACGUUCAUCCGCAACAACAGCAGGAAUCAAGUCGCCUUUGCGGAGUACUACACCAGCGCACGGGACAAGGUGUUCCAGGCACGCAGGAGUUACGGCCGGAUCCGUCGUCGAAUGGCAUUGAUGCUCUUCAACGUUCACCUCGGGGACGUCAGGAAGAAAUGCGGCGCCGAGGUAUUCGACACCCUGAAGUGGCUCUGCCACGAUUUCAGGGAUCCAAGUAAUUGCGGCUGAACCACCGUCCUUUCGCCGCCGCCCUUCUCCUGUAAGCCAAUCGCACGGCGUCGGGCAAUAAACAAAACGUGGAAUACGUUUCUACAUUUUAACGUUCGACUGUCAUUUUCCCUCUCGUGCACUUCAGAGAAGGCUAUAACGAAGAGAUAGUCCACUUACUUUUGUUUUCAAAAUCCGGCGGAAAGCCUCAAUACCUGACAUUGCCUGGAUAAGUUCUUGUGGCAGGCCACGGCGUACUGCGAUAGAAGUUAUGAGCUCGGUAAAACUAAGGUCGAUUGCUCCGUCUGUCCGUCCGCCCCAUCUUUUACGUCACACUGUGGUCACCUGGCCACCGCCUGAUCCUGGUCCUGCG